AUGUCCAAGAUAUCGGCCUUUGCCACAGGAGCAGCUGCGGUGACUGCAGCGACGGCCUUCGUAGCGCCACAGACGGCCAGGCAGUCGACGCAGCCAACGCUCCGAGGCACUCAGCAGAGGUCCGCCGCAGGGACCAGCGCAGCAGGCGUUAGCCUUGGCCUUGGAGCCAUGGGCCUGGCUGCGGCCCUCGUGCGCCCGGCGCUGCCGGCGGUGCGGGCCGGCGGAUGGCUUCAGGUCCUGCUGGUGGCGGGGCUCAUUGAGACGCAGCUCUUCAAGGAUCAGUCCUUCGGAGGCUUUGCCUAUGGCAAGUACGGGGCAGAGCCGGGCAACUUCGGCACUGGCUACUGGGGCAGGAAGAUCCAGGACCCAGCCGAGCGUCGGCUGAAGCUGACCACCGAGCUGAACAACGGGCGGCUGGCAAUGAUUGCCAUGGCCGGGAUGCUGAUCCAGAAUGGCCUCACCGGCCAGUCCCCGAUCGAGCAGCUGCAGGCUGGCCACUACUCGCCCUUCAACGAUGGCCAGGGCUUCUUCGCCUUCGACCCUUCCCAGGAGCUCGGCGCCUGCCCUCCCCUGGGCUACUGGGACCCCUUUGGCAUGAUGGCGUUCCAGGACGAGGAGAAGUUCCGCCGCAACCGCGAGCUGGAGCUGAAGCACGGAAGGAUCUGCAUGGCCGCCACCAUCGGCAUGAUCGUGCCUGACCUCUUUGGCCGUUUUGGUGGCUACCUCUCACCCAGCGCAGGCCUCAAGUUCUCGGACAUCCCUUGCACUAUUGAGGCUAUCUACAAGGUCCCGACCUUCGGCUGGUUGCAGAUCUUUGCUCUGGCCGGCGCCAUCGAAGCCAAGAACCAGGCCUUCCCAGAGAAUUAUGGCUAUCCUCCCUUCUGGGGUCGGAUCAACACCCUUGAGCCAGAGGAGAAGCAGAAGAAGCUCUUGGCGGAGAUCAACAAUGGACGUUUGGCGAUGGUUGCCAUGGCCGCCAUUGUGGCACAGAACGGUGCCACCGGCCAGUCCCUUGUCGAGCAGUUCACCACAGGAAAUCUGAACCCCUUCGUGGGUGGCUAUGCUCAGCGCGAGGCCUCGGAUCGCCUGGCGCUGCGUGCUGAGUUCGGCUCCGGCGCAGGCAAGUCCACGGCCCUCCCUUGGGACCCCAUCCCGGAGGGCCUCACCAACGACAUCUUCAACCCGGUCUACGUGGGCGACGUGGGCUUCGACCCUGCAGGCCGGCAUGCGCUGGCAUGCGCCGGCAUGGUUCGGAACAUUUCGGAACGCUUCGCCAAGAACCAGCGACUGCUGCCUUGGUAUCGUGAAGCCGAGCUUGCGCACGGCCGCGUUUGCAUGCUGGCAGUGCUCGGCUACACCGUGCAGACUGCUGGCGCCAAGUUCGAGCCCUUCAUCACCCGCUACCCGACGGACUCGGCGGACCCCCUGAAGGCGGCCACGCAGGUGCCCAUCAUCGGCUGGCUCCAGAUCAUCGUCGUGAUCGCCCUGUCUGAACUGUGGCGCUACGAGAACGUCAUUAGCAAGUACUCUCAGGGAGUCCAGCCUGGAGACCUCGGCUGGAACCCGACCGCUCCCGUGAGCAGCCCACGCCCCAAGUGGUUCGGGCCGACCUUCACCGCCGCGUACCAGCCGGAGGAGUGGAACAACAUGAAGUUGCGGGAGAUCAAGCACUGCCGUUUGGCCAUGGUGGGGUUCUUCUUCAUGGUGCUCCGAAACGCAUCCACAGGCGAAGGGCCGUCGCUGCUGCCGAACUUGGCGGCGGCAGAGUUCCAGUCUUCCGUCGGCGACUUCAUUCCCAGGGACAUCUGA